AUCUCGGGGAGUGGGAGGCGGGGGAGCCCAGGCCGGCUGGACCUCUGGAGCAGCACAGGCCCGCAGCUUCGUCCAGGCGUACUCCCAAAGUGCACCCCGAUCCCUCUGGAGCCAAGCCUGGAUGCACGCUGAAAUGGAUGACAAGAAGAAGAGGAGGAGCCCCAAGCCUUGCUUGUCGCAGCCCGCACCCCCCGCCAGUGCACUGCGUAGGGUCCCAGUCCCUACCAGCCGAAGUGCCUCCUUCUCCUUGGGCCUCCCCCACCUUCCAUCCCCAAAGCAGCGGACCAAGUUUAAGAGGGUGACGAAGGAGAAGUGCCGCCCUGUGCUAGCUGGUGGAGGGGGUGCCCCAGCAGGCACCCCCUUGCAGCACUCCUUCCUGACGGAGGUGACUGGUGUCUACGAGAUGGAGGGAGGGCUACUGAACCUACUCAAUGACUUCCAUUCUGGCCGGCUCCAGGCCUUUGGGAAGGAAUGUUCCUUUGAGCAGCUGGAACACGUUCGGGAGAUGCAGGAGAAGUUGGCUCGGCUGCACUUCAGCCUGGAUGUGUGCGGGGAGGAUGAUGAGGAUGAGGAGGAGGCUGAGGCCGAAGGGCUGCCCCAGGAGCAGAAGAAAACGGUGGCUGAUCGGAACCUGGACCAGCUGCUUAGCAACCUGGAGGACCUCAGCAACUCUAUACAGAAGCUGCACCUGGCAGAGAAUGCAGAGCCUGAGGAGGCCCCCACAGCCUAAGCGAAUGCCUUUGGUUGGGACACUUUAAAAUUUGCUCUUGGCCUCAGUUUCCCCAUGAUGGCUGAGGCGAAUGGCUGGCCUCUCUCAGAUCUGAGGCUCCUUCAUGACCCUGACUCUGUGACCUUGACUCUGACCUGGCCACAGCCCUUGAAGCUGUGUGACCCUGGGCCUUCUGGGCUAAAGACCCAGAGCUACGACUCUGGCUUGGGACUCGAGGCCCUCUGAGUUCUGCCCCAGGCUGUGACCCCCGGGUCCUCUGACCUCACAUGACCCCAAGCUCUGACCGGACUGUGCCGUCCGACUUUACAAGACCCUGACCUCUGACCCAGGCCCUACUGGCCGUGUCCAGGCCGGGCCCCUGGCAGCUGAAUUAAACGUAAGGAUGGACGGA